ACCGUGCAGGCGGCGGCCGGACCUCUCGAGUGCAGACACCCACGAGCGCACGGAGACCCUGGAGGGAAAAGGGCCUCAGAUGGCCCGAGAUCCGUAAGUGCCGGUUUGCGGUGACCGGCCGUUUUCGCUAAUGCAACGGCGUGGACCACCGUGGAGCACAUUCCUGUCGCUGGCUGCAAAGCAGGAAAGAAGCAGGCAACGCAUCGAGACCGCCGCGCGAAAGAUGGACCCUUGUGAAGAUCUCAAAGUGUCCAGCGGCCAAGCUCCUGACUCCGGGGGGAUUGGACCCCAGCAAGGGCCACCGGCCGGGGGCACUGAGGCCUUGGGGAAGGAAUCCCAUGGGAAGUGGAGCCAGGAAUACCAGCCUCAGAGCAAAUACCCGGAGGGCAGCAACAGUGCACAGCAAGACCGAAACAGAGUUUCUGAAGAGCUGAUGAUGGUUGUCCAAGAGAUGAAAAAAUAUUUCCCGUACGGGAGACACAAUAAGCCAAGCACUCUAGAUGCCCUCAACUAUGCCCUUCGCUGUGUGCACAGUGUGCAAGCAAACAGUGAGUUUUUCCAGAUUCUCAGUCAAAACGGAGCACCUCAAGCAGAUGUGACCAUGUACAGUCUUGAGGAGCUGGCCACUAUUGCUUCAGAACACACUUCCAAAAACACAGAUACCUUUGUGGCGGUUUUUUCAUUUGUAUCUGGAAGGUUAGUGCACAUUUCUGAGCAGGCUACUUCGAUCCUGAAUUGUAAGAAAGACUUCCUGGAGUCCUCUCGUUUUGUUGAACUGCUUGCCCCUCAAGAUGUGAGGACGUUCUGCACACACACUGCCCACGCCCAGCUGCCCUUCUGGGACACCUGGACCCGACGAGAAUCGUCGCGAUACGAGUUUGCUCCCGUGAAGUCCUUUUUCUGCAGGAUCCGCGGAGGUGAAGACGGGGCGCGCCAGGAGCAUUGCUGCCCCUUCCGGGUGAUCCCCUAUUUGAUUCACGUGCGGGGCUCCGCCUGGCCCGAACCCGAGCCCUGCUGUCUCCUGCUGGCCGAGAAGAUUCACUCCGGGUACGAAGCUCCUCGAAUCCCAGUGGAUAAAAGAAUUUUUACCACAACACACACUCCAGGGUGUGUCUUUCUUGAAAUAGAUGAACGAGCCGUGCCUUUGCUGGGAUACCUACCUCAGGAUCUGAUCGGAAUGUCCAUCCUUACGUAUUUGCACCCAGAAGACCGUUCUCUGAUGGUUGCCAUUCACCAAAAAGUGUUGAAGUGUGCGGGCCACCCUCCCUUCGAACACUCACCCAUGCGGUUCUGCGCGCACAACGGCGAUUACGUCGUCCUGGAUUCCAGCUGGUCCGGCUUCGUGAACCCCUGGAGCCGCAAGGUCUCUCUCAUCAUGGGGCGGCACAGAGUUCGCACGAGCCCACUGAACGAGGACGUUUUUGCCACCAGAGUAGAAAAGACGAGCAGUAAUGACACAGACAUAACAGAAUUACAAGAACAAAUUCACAAACUCCUGUUACAGCCGGUGCACGCGAGCGGCUCCAGCGGCUACGGCAGCCUGGGCAGCAGCGGGUCCCAGGAGCAGCAGGCCAGCGCCGCCUCCUCCAGCGAGUCCAGCGGGCCCUGCGCGGAGGACGCCCCGAAGGAGCCGUUGACUUUGCAGCAGGUCUAUGCCAGUGUAAACAAAAUUAAAACCCUGGGCCAGCAGCUGUACAUCGAGUCAAUGACCAAGUCGCCCAGCAAGCGAGCGGUGGGGACGCGCACUGGACGGCCUGGUGGUGACCAGAAGGCCAUUUCUGCCUUACAAACAUUGAAAAAUAAUAGUGUGUACACUGAGUCUUGUGAGGAUUUGAGAAAAGAUCAGCAUAGCCCAUCCUAUCAGCAAAUAAACUGCAUUGAUAGUGUUAUCAGGUACCUGAAGAGCUACAACAUCCCAGCCUUGAAAAGAAAGUGUGUCUCCUGCACAAACACAGCCUCGUCCUCAGAGGAAGACCGGCAGAACCACAAGGCCGGUGAUGUCCAUGCCUUGCAAGCCUCGCUUGAGUCGCCAGCUGUUUCUCAGGUCCCAGCUGUACCUGCGUCGGAAGUGCCCGCCCACAGACGGCCCGCCGAGGCCGCAGGAGGAGCACGGACCCUGUCCACGGCGGCGCUGAGCCUGGGCUCGGGCAUCAGCCAGUGCAGUUACAGCAGCACCAUGGUCCACGUCCCGGCCCCCGAGCCAGAAUUGACUCCCGCCGAGGAAGCGGCCCCCGCCUGUGAGGCCUGGACGCCCAGCACGCAGCCGGCCCUGCUGAGCGCGGCAGGGUUCAGACCCGUGGGGCUCACGAAGGCCGCCCUGUCGGCACACACGCAGCAGGAGGAGCAGAGCUACGUCCACCGGUUCCGGGAGAAGAUGCUGUGGUCGCCCUACUGCUCCCACCCUCAGCACGGAAGCAGAAGCAAAGCUCAGCAUUUGUACAUCCAAGGGCAGCCGGCUGGCAGGCGGACCAGAUUGGCGGGUGGCAAGAAGGGGAAGCACAAGCGGAAGAAGCUGCCCGAGCCCCCCGACAGCCAGUGCACUAAGGACACCUUCUGUCCCCACUUCAGAGCGGACAUUCGGGACGUGCAGCCCUGGAGCCCGUCCCCUGCCUCCCCUCUCCACGCCCCCGGCCUGUCGUUCCCGGUGGCACUGCUGGCUCCCAGCCAGGCCCCUUACUUGGUGCCAGCAUGUCCCCUGCCCACCGCGACCUCGCCGGGGAGAGAGCACGCAGCCCCGGUGUUGGCGCCGGACUGUGUGCCCACGCUGCCUCUCCCAGCUGUGCCUUCGCCUUACGUGGAUACUUUUCUGUCCCUUUUUCUGCCUGACCCCUCUGCCUGUCCUCUGCUGGCACCAUCAUUCUCUCCAUAUCUGCUUUGGGGAGCCACAGGCCCUCCUGAAAUGCCACCCUUGGUAUCAGCCGUGGCUCUGAACGUGGAGCCCCUGUCUCCAGCCGUGGACCAGGGGAGAGCUGGGGAGCCCGGGGAGCCCCAGAGCGAAGAGCGCGCAGGCCCCAGCUCCCGUUGCAGCUCCCCGCUGCAGCUGGACUUGCUCCGGGACGCGCCCCGGCCCCAGGCGGCUGCAGAGCAGGCCAGGGGGAGCCCCGGCCCCCAGGCUGAGUGUCAGUGCGGCGCCGGCAGCAGCGGCCGGAAGAACAGCCCUUUUGCUGCCGGCGCCCUGUCCACGGUGCCCCUCCCCAGGGAGUCUCCAUCGGGACCUGGCUCUGCGGCCUCAGGAAGCAGUGACAGCAGCAUGUAUUUCGGUGGCAGUGAUUACUCUUCUGAAAUCACCCAGAAUGGGCAGCAAUCUCAGGAUGUACAGGAAAAAGAAGCAUUUCCCAGUUUAGCUGAAGGGUCCAUCUGGAGAAUGAUAGAACAGACCCCCGAGUGCACGCUCAUGACCUACCAGGUGCCGGAGAGGGUGAAAGAAGUUGUGCUGAGAGAGGACCUGGCAAAGCUGGAGAGCAUGAGGCAGCAGCAGCCACAGUUUUCCCCUGGACAGAGGGAGGAGCUGGCCCAGGUGCAUUCUUGGAUUCGGAGCCAGACCCUCCCUCAAGAAAUGGACGUCCAGGAAAAUACUUCAACCUUUCGAGUUUUACAGCUUUUUAUAAAAUGCAUCCUGAGAACAGAAGAAUUGACCUUUUUGUCCACGAUGACCGUAGGGCCGACUCUCCGUCCCCAGCUUAGAUUUUCUUUCAGAAGCAGGGGUUUCCAGAAGGCCGUUCUGUUUCAUGGUGGAACCCAUGACGUGUCUUGGAAUUCAGUGGUGAGCAGUUCCACGCGAAUAUUCCCGCCGUAUGGAUACAGUCAUUCUCCAUCGCGAGCGUGCCACGACGUCAAAGCCCUCGGCGUUGGUCCGGUGGUGUGGUGGUCUUUUGUGUCCUUGGUGAAAAAUACCACAUUUUUAAAAAUUAAUCAUCCUGGAUAUUGUCCAUCUAGUAGAAUCAUUGUGACCUCUGUCGCGAUAAAAAGUUUAAUUUUUGUAAAUAAAAAAGGACGUGUAGCUACCAGAGGACCACUCAGCAUUUGCAUGUGCGCGUUUUGACCAUGUUCUCCACGC